UCUAUUGUGAAUUCAGAAGUCGUAGAAAAUUGGAGGAAUGGCUUAUAUUUCUAUUGCAAACUGGCUCGAAAAUAAAAACACGAAAGGAAUGCGAAGUGUUCUUAGUUGCAAACCUUGUUUCUACCGUACGUUGUUUUUAAACAUUCGAUGUAUUUCAUCCAAGAAGAACGCAGCUGGUUCAUAUAAGAGGAAAAGUACAAGAAGAAAAAGAGAAAGAGAUUUGACCACCAGUGGUGAGAAUAAGAAAACGAAGUUUUCUGUGCAAUGGGCCAAUGUUCAUUUAUCUCCUGAAGAAAUUGGUAAGAAAUAUGUUAUCACGCAGGCUGUAGACUCGGAAAAUAGCGAGGUUCCGAGACAGUCACAAGAAUGGAAGAACUUGAUUUCUACGCUGGACUUGAAGCAGUUAGAAAAAUGGAAACAGGGUGGCUCUUUUCCAGAAAAGUUGAAGUUUCUCAAUAAAGUACGACGCUCUUCAAUUCUCUCAGAUGAAGAAAUACAAACAAGACACGUGACAGGAAAGGAAUUUGUGACAGAUAAGGAAAAUGAAUUGGUCAGAACUGUACGAGAACGUUUGAAAGAACAAGAACGGAAGUAUGUUCCAUCAGAAGAACUUUUGAUUGGUUCUGUUGUGACGAAAUCACAAGAAAAAGGCAAUUAUAACGAUUUUCCUUGUGACUACGAAUUUGUUGUUAUAGUAAACCAACUCGAAGUUGUCAAAAAUGUAAAGCAACUUGUAGAAAGUAAUCUGAAGAGACCUUUAAACGAAAAGAAUAUUGUUACAGAUGAGUUUGGUUUUCAGUAUCGUGUAGGAAUACGGACAAAGGUAUAUAGUUUGGAAGAAAUUAAGAAAGUUUAUGAAGCUAUGCAUGAAAACGAAAAUGUAGCGUUUUCAUUUGGCUAAUUGAAGCCUGUAAAAGACACGUUUUUGCAAAAUU